AUGAGUCUAUUAAAGAUCCCCUUCCUCGUGGCCUCGGCCAUUGGCAUGCAUAUCUCGUUGACUUCUCCCUCGAGUCUGCCCCCGUCAUCUCAAGAGAAGGUGUGGCCAACAUACUGUAGAGAUAUGACACUAACUUCAACCACAUCCAGCCGUGACCAUCUUACACUUAGCUUCAUAGCUUCAAAUGUUGGUUGUCAUAUCUCUACAGUACUGGCCAUGCAUAUAGGUCCUUCGCAGAUUCCAGAGGGCCUCUAUAAUACUAGCGCUGUGCGGCUUUUGUAUGCACUUCACCCCACGCCAAUCACUCCCGCUCUCCUUGCUGGCAGUCUUUUUGUCACGGUGGGUGGCGUGUUGAGACGAUAUUGCAUGUCGACCUUGGGAAAGUUCUGGAGCUUCUGGCUCAGCAUCAAAGAAGAGCACAGAAUCGUGACAAAUGGACCGUAUUCUAUCGUCCGUCACCCAAGUUACACCGGUGUGCUUCUCCAAAAUGUCGGGUUGGUCAUGAUGCAUGGGAGCGAAAGGUCAUGGAUGAGGCAGUCUGGCAUUCUACAACUGCCUUACAUGAAAGUAUCAGCAGUGGUCAUCCUCUGCACACUUACAAUAGGCACUUUGACUAUCAUCAAGCGAUGUUCAGUGGAGGACAAGAUGCUGCAGCGUGCUAUGGGAGAGGAUUGGGCGAAUUGGGCGAAGAAAGUGAAAUAUAGAUUACUUCCUGGAGUCUAUUGAUGACA